AUGACGUCUCCUAGCUCCCAGGCAAUGACCCUAUCGCACCCAAGCUCCGGGCGCCAUUUCUACCUCGCCGUUGACCGCCUCCAGUUCAAGAUGAGGACACUACUGGAGCUCCUAGGUGUUGUCUCUGACCGCCAUGGCCCGGUGCCCAUUGCCAUAUGUGUUUCAUCCCGGGAUGAGCUAGAUGCUGUCUGUGCUGCUGUUGCCAACCUCCCCUUCGUGUCCUUAUCACCGCUGUACAGCGAUCAAGAUGAAGCUGAGCGUGCAUCUGUUCUUGAGAAAUCCCGUCCGGAAGCAAUACAGCGAAAUCAAAUUGAAGAUACUUCUAUUGAUGAAAGUCCCAAGCCUGAAAGUGUGGUCUUGAAGCAAAAUAUUACAGUUGUAACAGAUGCUUGCUUGCCUUCGGCGGCGAUGGGAGAGGCUCCCCUUAUGUCUCGUGUGCUGAUAAACUAUGAAUUGCCUACAAAGAAGGAGGCUUACUUAAGACAUGUAUCAGCAUGCUUGGCAACAGAUGGAAUCAUGAUUAAUAUGGUGGUUGGUGGUGAGGUGGCUCUUCUAAAGUCUCUGGAAGAAACCAAUGGAUUUGUCAUUGCAGAGAUGCCAAUACAUGUAAAUAAACUCUUCUUAACACUUGAAAUCUGUUUUGCUAGUAAUACAGUGAGCUCUUGUGGCCUAAACUGA